AAGUUCAUUAUAUUCCUAAUCAAUAAUCUCUUCUCGUGUGGUAAUCUUAGUGAAAGUUCGAUGGCAACUCUUCGCUUCUCAACUUUGGUAUUUCCUGUGAUACUUGGUGUUUUUAUGUUGAUGAAUUUUGAUCUUUCGAUCAUGACAGUGAAUGCGAGGUAUCUUUUGGAAACUUCAUUACCUGAAGAGCUUCCAAAACCAGAAAUACCUUCUUUGCCAAACCUCGAGCUACCUCCACUGCCAAAGGUUGAGUUACCUCCACUGCCUCAUCUUCCACCCUUGGAAAAGCCGAAAUUACCUGAACUCCCAAAGUUGCCAGAAUUACCAAAAUUACCUAACCUUGACCACUCAAAAAUUUCAAAAGAUUCAAGCUUGCCUAAACUAUCCGAAGUUUCAGAACUGCCAAAACCUGAACUCCCUAAAUUACCUGAAUUGCCAAAUUUUCCUAAACCCGAAGUUCCAAAAUUGCCAGAAUUACCAAACGUGCCCAAACCAGAACUUCCUAAGCUGCCUGAAUUGCCACCCCUCUCAAAGCCAGUGUUGCCCUCCCUUCCUAAGGACAUACCUUUCCCUUCAUUUAACUCGCCCCAUGCCACCACAACGAAUCCUUGAAUACCAUAUUUGAUCUACAAAGUUAGAAUUAAAUAUACAUUUACAUACAACAUUGAAAACCAUGUUCUAUCUUGUUCCUUCCUAAUUAAUUGUCGUUUCUAGUCAGUCUGAGAUUACUUUUUAUGUAUGGUUUGUUCCUAUUAAUUAUAUCAGUGUGUCCUUAUAGUUACAUGAUGUUGUCUUGUAGACUUAUAUUAUGAACAAAAACAUAUUUUCAUCUAUGAUAUAUAUGUUGUAAUGUUGUUUCUAUAAA